CCCAUGUUUCCCCGUGUGCGUUUGAGGUUUCGAAGGGGGGUCCGGUUUCCUUUCACUUUCCAAAGACACAUUGGCGAGCGUAGGCUGGUGUAUAUACUGUAGGUUGUACUGUACAUACGUGAGCGUUCAUGUACAGUAUGUGUGCCCUGUGACAGGUUGCAGCCCUUUCUAAAGUGUUGUGUCGCAACUGCCUACCCUGACCCGGAAUAUUUCCUAAUAUUGAGUGCGUGGUAUCCGUGUUUUACAAGAAGGAUGCAACUGAGAGUUGUGUGAAAUGAAGAAGGGACAUCCCAAGAAGGGAUCGUUUUGGGUUUUUUAAAUUGAUACAAUUAAAUAAGUUUAAUAAUGGCGCAAGGAAAGGUGACCAGUCUCACCAUCAGCUGCGACUAUCUAAACGAAAGCAACACCUUCUCGAGUGGAGACUUCAUCUCUGGGCGUGUGAUUAUCGACGUUACAGGAAACGUGAAUGUACAGCUUCUCACGAUUAGUGCGAAAGGACGCGCGGAUGUAUGGUGGUCGGAAACAAAUGGUGAAAAUGACGAUACCUACUCUGCGAAUGAAAAAUACUUCAAAAUUAAAAACGUUUUAAUACAGUCUUCAUCGGGUCGGAACGUCGUCCUGUCAGGAACCCAGGUGUACCCUUUUACUUUUCAGAUUCCACAUGAAGAGUUGCCAUCUUCCAUUAAGGGACGUCAUGGCAGUGUGAGAUACUGGCUGGAAGCAAAAUUACACCGACCAUGGCAUCUGUCCAAAACUGUCAAGAUGGACCUUGCUGUUGUCAAACAUAUUGACGUCAAUAGCCUUGAGCUGUUGGCACCACAGUUACUUACAGCCGACAAGACUCUGUGUUGCUGGUUCUGCUCCUCAGGCCCCGUCUCCUUAAGUGCCAGAAUUGAAAGGAAGGGUUACACCCCCGGAGAUUCAGUUAGCAUCUUUGCGGAAAUUGAAAACCACUCGUCGCGGGAGGUGAAGCCAAAGGCAGCCCUUCAGCAAAUACAGACCUUCUAUGCUACUAUGAAAACACAGACAGUCACCACCGAAAUUGCUUGUGCGAAAGGAAAGCCUAUCAGUGCUGGUGAAAGAGAAACGUGGUGUGGGCGACUGCUGGACAUCCCUCUCGACACAACGAUGUCAGUUCUGAACUGCAAGAUAAUGAAAGUGGAGUACUCAGUACUGGUGAUUGUGGAUAUUCCCUGUGCUACUGCCCUUAAAGUGGUUUUUCCAGUGAUCAUCGGUACCAUUCCCUUGCAGUGCCCAGUUAAUUAGUCACUAAUUAUGUGCCUGCUGUGCUGCUCGCCUUUUCAGAAGCUGAUCAGACUGUUAAAGAAAUGAAAAUCAUGUCUAGCCAUGGGAAGGCUCUUUCAUUGCAAUCUUUUUUGUUUUCGAAUAGCAGGUCUGAAAGUCUUUUUAAAAUUAAAAUCAUGUCUGAAAUGACUCAAUACAACCCUAUAUCACCAAUAAAGCACCAGCACUAAUAUCCAAUUCCAAAAGUAAUUAGAAUGUGUAAAUUCCAUUGUUAUGGAAUACUGUAGUAAAGCAAUGAGAAUAACUUUGAUUAUAUAUUAGUAGCACAGAAAAGAUGCAUAAGAAUGACCUAUUCACUACUAUGUAAAGUGAUGCACUAAGUAAAGUUAUGUGGCAGGUAUGGCUCUACAUGACAGAUGUUACCAUAAAUAAGACAUGAAUCUGUGUGGAUGUUGAUGAAAUUUGCCAAUUUUCAAUUCAGUGCACCAGUCCUCAAGAUUUUCAAAGUUGUUUUGAAUAAGUCAGGCCACCGAUUUUCAUUGAUGCAAGACCAGUGUCUGUCUCAUAUCGAUUUUUUGUCACCUUUGUUCAUUAGAAAAUACUAUUCCUCUGUGAACCUGCACCUCUAGUGCUUUUAUGUCUUCCUGUGGCUUUUCAUAUCAUUUUUUGUGCUGAUUAUGCUCAAAUCUCCUUUUAUAUCUUGGCUGUUUCACAAAUUCAUUAUUUGGAUCUCAGCCAUUGCCACCUGGUUACAUUCUCAUCAGCAUAAAACUCAGGCUAAGUCUCAUGUCUUUUUCCUUCUUCCUCUUCUCCCAUUGUGGACCUCUUUAUUUCUGAUCCUCCUGCUCUACAAAGAGCUGCCUCCUAAAUCCAACAAAUGUAGUCUCUGGCAUGCCCCUGUUGCUUCUGAUCUUUUCUCUUCCUCUUUUCUCAUUAUUGCUGUAUGUAUCCAAUUCAAAACCCUACUUCUCCCCUACUGCUAUCUCAACUACUCUUCUCCAGCUUCUCUCUCCAUACACCCUCUCUUGCCAGCCCCUCCCUUCCCCCACUUGCUGAACCUCUUGCUCCUGGUGGUGGAAUGAAGAAAUCAGAACACCUUGGUCUCUGUCCAUCUUUCCACUCCUCCUGAAGGCUGAUCUGUUUAGAUCACACUUGUUACCUAUCAGCUCUAAACUACAUCCCUAGGUAACUUAUAAUACAUUCCACAAUGCAAUUUGCACUUUAAACAUGGAACACAUGUAAAGUUUACAUAAUUGUUUUGUAUCCAUGCUAGCUGUAUGUGGAUGAUGUUUUCUUACAGUUCCAUUUUUUGAAUACCAGUGCCAUUACUUUCAUAGUCCUUAUUUUUGUGUUUUAUACAUUGUUUAUUUGUGCUUACACUGCUAACGUCUCCCAGGGUGUCUAUUAAGAUAAGUGAUAAACACUAGCAAAAUAAUUCUGGUCUACAUUGGACCAUUGUAAUGUAGUGGUUUAAAUGUGCAUUGUAUUAUAUAUAGGUUUAUUCCAUGCUGAAAAGAGAAGAAAGAAAACACGUUUCGGCCGUGUAGCCUUC